UUCUUAGCAGGAAGUUGAUAUUUCCUGCAAUCAUUUUUCGAACGUUGGGUAUUAUAACAGUGCCAGUAGGAAUCAAAAAGAGCAAUUUAAUUUUGCAUAUCAUAAUGUUAGAAUUUUUGCUUUUAUUACCUUUGAUUAUGGUUAGUAUUUUGACUAUGACUUUUCAAGUAUCUGUAGACGAAUUAACGAACGCAAGCCUAGGAAGUUAUUUUUAUUAUGGGAAAUAUGACGAUGAUAGAUACCGGGAAUUACAUAAAGAAGUGCAUGACAUUUAUACCCGGAUGUUCGAUGAUUCGGAGAAUGAUGUGAUUGGCUCAGGAAAAAAUACUACUGCAUCUAGGAAAAGAAAGUUAUUUCCAGGUACUGGCCGAAAAUGUGAGAUUGAAGCUAUUCAAAUCAUGCACCGAAAUUGUUUGUGUCGCAAACCAAGAAAACGGUGCGUCGAGAUCAAACCCCCAAGGAAUGACAUUGUAUCCAGCAUGCCCGCUUGUGUCAUAGUGGAGCGUUGCGAGGGUGUUUGUCCAUCUUCAACCGAAUGCCUUCCUUCUGCAGUGGAGAACAUUUCUGUGCCAGUAAUACAUCUGAACCUUGUUGUUACUUCGGCGGGAUCACAUGUGACUCCGGAAUGCUCCAAUAUCGAGGUUGAGAGGCAUUUAAAAUGUGGCUGCUCGUGUGCAUACGAGGAGAAAGACUGUAAUCAAAAUCAGGUGUUUAAUCCUUCAAAAUGCAGAUGCGAAUGCAAAAACUCUGAAAAUGCUGAAAGCUGCCAUAAGAUUGGAAAGUUCUGGGAUUCAACCAACUGUGCAUGUAUUUGUCCUUUCGAUAUUCCUCAAAUAUGCUCUACUGGAGCAUUCUUUCAUAAUGGAUUAUGUCGGUGUGUACCAAUAGGAGGCCCAGAAAUUGAAAGCCGAAGACGACGACCACCUGUUUAACUGGAAAAAAAAAACCACACUCUACCGGUCCAAAGAAAUUAAUAGAUACAAUUGUAUAUUGCUUAAGAAAUCAUACAAUUCUCAUGAUGAUUUAGAACUUCACCUGAUAAGAAAUCAAAAUAUCAUGAACUCUCCAACGUUCUCAUAUAUUCUCAAGAAGAAUGUUCAUCUUAAAUCAUCUUUCAUCUAUAAGGUGGAAAAGAAUUCAAAAUAAAUAAAUAAUAUUUCAAAUAAUAAA